GAGAGAGACUCGGAGAGAUGGGGUUGAUCUGGUUGGAAGCAGUGUUGCCGUUAGGGAUCAUAGCAGGCAUGCUUUGCGUGAUGGGCAAUGCUCAAUAUUUCAUCCACAAGGCCGCCCAUGGCGGACCGAAGCAUAUUGGAAAUGACGUUUGGGACGUAGCGAUGGAGAGACGGGACAAGAAGAUCACGGAGAUUGUCUCUUCAUCUCCUAAUUAGCCAUUACCUAUACAUUUCUGCCUUGGUACUCUUCUUUCAUUUUUUCCUUCUCUGUGCAUUUUAUCUUUAUUAUCCGUUGACUGAAUGUCGUUGUUGCGGGUUAGGGUUUUCUAGAUGGUUAUACUGUGAUAUUAACAAGCGAAUUUGAUGUGCAAACCUUACCCAAAAUAUAUGCCAUCUAUCUCACUUUCACUUGCACACUCUAGAAUUGCAUUAUUUUAGUGGCCUUGAAGCAGUGGCUGAGCUGCUGCGAGGCUGCUUAGAAUAGAUGAAUUAUGUAAGUUAGCAUGACUGCAAAGCAUAAUAACACAUGCAAGUGUCUGGCUUACUGCUUAGAAUUCUACAAAUAGUGAGAUAGGAAAUUAUGGAGGGCAUGGAAGCCGGAAGGUCGAACGAGAGAAGACUCAUAGUCACUUAUCUAUACAGUGAAUGGGGUUUAGCGUUGUAUUUUGGGGAAUGAAAUGACAUUCCGUGGUAGUUCAAUUGAAUUUCAAAAUCCUGAAAACAUAAUUUAACACUGGAUGUACUCGUUGGGCAUUUGUGUACCAAAGGGCUCUUGCAGAGAAGGUUUUAGUGAACCUUUCACCCUUGUUUUCGCGAAAUGCCAUCCUGGACCUGACAGACCAUAACUACCUUUAUGGAGAAUGUUUCUUCUCAUUCUCCUUCCUCUUCCACGUAGAUAUUGCCUACCCUUUUUAUGUUGGUACUCCUCUUUAAUAUUUGCUUCUCCAUUCAAUGCAUGGAAUGGACAAUUAAGCUGGUCCAGGUUUUCAGUUGGUUAUUUAAUAGCUGAGCAUUUUAUGUGAUACUAACAAACGGAUUUGAUAUGCAACUUUAUCUCAAGUCCAUGUCUUCUACAUUUGUGGAUUUACUGGUUUUUGUUAUUGCUAGUCCCACAAUUCCUGUUUCACUUCCACGUUGGGCACACACAUAGACUUUUUUUGCAUUUAAACUUAAAAUCUAUUAACAUUUGAUUAUUGUACUGCCAGUUUAUGGCCUUGAAUCAGUGAGAACUUGCUUCUGCUUGCAAGCUGCUUAGAUGAAUUACAUUAGCAAUUCAUGUCCAGGAAGCAUUAAUACACGUGCAAGUGUCUGGCUGCUACUAGGCAGCUGCUUAGCAUUCUAUGAACAGUGAUAUAAGAAAUUAUGGGGGCAUGGAAUGCGGACUGAGAGUCACUUAUCCUUACAAUAAAUAGGAUUUAGCCUUUUACUUUGGGUAGUGAAAUAACAUUUUGUGGUAGUUUGAUUGAAUUUCAAAUUUUAAAACGUAAGACUUUGCAAGCUCUUUUAUCCAUCCUGCUUCUUAAAGAUAGAGAUGCACGCUUGCUGCCAAAACAGCAGUACUUCUACGAGUAAUAUAGCAAAAUUAACUGGUAUGUUUACAGUAAUUGAACUUUUUGACCAUCUGUAAUGAUGACAAUUACCUCAUAUUUGUCACUGAAAUUAUUUAGCAUUGGAUUUACUCCUUAGACAUUUGUGUUAUGUAUAUUUUUAGCUGAGAAGAUGUUGAUGAACUUACUCACAACUGUUUUGAUGAAAUGCCAUCCCUAGCCUGACCGUAAAUGUCUUUAUGGGUUUUUCCUUCUUGUUUGCGAGAAAAUGAAGUUAUGAGAAGGUUAUUUAAAAGUUUAUUUUCACAGGUUUUUAAUUUUAAUUUUUUUGUUUUUGGAAAAGAACAUUUAAGUAAUACCUAGGUUGGGAUUUCUGGUCUGACCUGUGGAUCUGGUCCAGUUUAUACAACCAUGACAGCAAAAGUAACAGUAAGCCACCGUUUUAAAAAUUUAUAAAUGGUUUAUAUUGAGGAAUAGUAGUUGGUCGCACGAAAUGCGUGAAUAAUAAUGAGUAGUCAUGAAUGUGCAAUUGAAAUUAAUAUUUAAAUUUGACUGAAUUUAUAAACCAUUUAUACUCGAGGGGGGCAACAAGGGUUUGACAAGAAAGAGCUACGACAGAAGACAGUAUAAGCUUUCAUUUCUUGGAUUCUGCUUCUUUCUGUGCAUUAAAUUGUAUUAAAAUGGAGGCUAAGUUUUUGGGAAGGCACAAAUGAAUAUUUCAUUUGUUUUCCAUCAUCAGAAGCCAAUUGUUAUAAGAAUAUUUGAAACUCUUGCUGCAGACCUUUCUACAAAUAUACUCCGUGUGAUAUUUUCAACACCAAUGGAAAUUAAACUCUUUGUUUUCUUUGAAAUUUAUUUCAACUACAUAAUACCAAUUAGUUGCAUUGAAAUUGUGAAUGAUUAGAAAACGUGGAAAUGUUAUUGAUCAGUUUUGAGGUACCUUUUAAAAUCUGGAAUGCCUUCUUUC